CAUAGGAGCGGGCAGGUUUUUCGCUACCGGGAACACGGCAGUGGAGGACCUGCCGCCUCCCGGAGCCUCCAGGGAUCCCGGUUGUGGUGUGCGCGACGAUCAGUCCCCGCUUCGCCCUGGAGCAGCGGUGAUGGGGUCGGCGAACGGACUGCCCGCUCUGGCGGAGUCCCGCCCCGGUGCUUGUCCCGCCCCUGUCCCGGCGUGCCCCGUCGGCGGUGAUGGCGGAGGGUGGCGGUAGCGGUGGCAGCGGCCGGGGGCCGCCGUGCCCCGGGGCGGCCUCGGCGUUCCGGCGCUGGGAGCAGCUGCGGCGGCGGGCGGCGACGCCCUGGGCCCGCGGGCUCCUGGCCGUGGCCGCCGGGCUCGGGCUCUUAUACGCGGUGCUGCGGGUGCCGGUGCGACUCCGGGACGGCCUGGCCGCGGCGACCAUGUUCUUAAGCACUUUGACUCCAAAAUUCUACUUUGCCCUUACAGUGACUUCAUCUUUUAUAUCUGGACUGAUAUUUGUGUUUGAGUGGUGGCACUUCCGGAAAUACGGCACAUCUUUCAUUGAGCAGGUUUCUGUGAGCCAUUUGAGGCCACUCAUCGGGGGUGCAGAGAACAGCCCCCCAGCCCCGGCAGCUUUCUCGGCGGGGGAGAAUGAGACCAGCAGGCAGAACAUGCCAGAGUGCAAAGUAUGGCGAAAUCCUCUCAAUCUAUUCAGAGGGGCAGAGUAUAGCAGGUACAUGUGGGUGACUGGGAAGGAGCCUCUUACUUACUAUGACAUGAAUUUGUCUGCUCAAGAUCAUCAAACCUUCUUCACAUGUGACACGGAUGUCCUUCGGCCUUCGGAUACAGUUAUGCAGAAAGCGUGGCGAGAGAGGAGCCCGCAAGCCCGGAUUAAAGCAGCAUAUCAAGCUCUAGAGUUGAACAAUGAUUGUGCUACUGCGUAUGUCCUUCUGGCUGAGGAGGAAGCAACAACUAUUGUGGAUGCUGAGAAAUAUUUCAAGCAGGCUCUGAAAGCAGGAGAAAUGAUUUACAGAAAAUCUCAGAACUGCCAUUCCCAGAGCCCCCAGCAUGAAGCACAGCUGAGAAGAGACACCAAUGUAUUGGUGUAUGUGAAAAGGAGACUAGCUAUGUGUGCCAGGAAACUUGGAAGAAUACGAGAAGCAGUAAAAAUGAUGAGAGAUCUGAUGAAAGAGUUUCCACUUCUGAGUAUGCUGAAUAUCCAUGAAAACCUCCUGGAAGCUCUUCUGGAGUUACAGGCUUAUGCAGACGUCCAGGCAGUUUUAGCCAAGUAUGAUGAUAUCAGUCUUCCCAAAUCAGCAGCAAUAUGUUACACAGCAGCUCUGCUAAAAGCCAGAGCUGUUUCAGAAAGGUUCUCCCCAGAAACCGCCUCCAAGAGAGGGCUUAGUACAGCAGAAAUUAAUGCUGUGGAAGCAAUUCACAGAGCUGUGGAAUUUAACCCUCAUGUUCCAAAGUAUUUACUAGAAAUGAAAAGCCUAGUGCUGCCUCCAGAGCACAUUCUGAAGCGAGGGGACAGUGAGGCAGUAGCCUAUGCUUUUUUUCACCUCCAGCACUGGAAGAGGAUAGAAGGAGCCCUAAAUCUGCUACACUGCACUUGGGAAGGCACAUUUAGGAUGAUCCCGUACCCGUUAGAGAAAGGCCACCUUUUCUAUCCCUAUCCGAGCUGUACCGAAACAGCAGACAGGGAGCUGUUGCCAACAUUUCAUGAAGUCUCCGUUUACCCCCAGAAGGAGCUUCCCUUUUUCAUCCAUUUCACAGCAGGCCUGUGUUCCUUUUCAGCCAUGCUGGCCCUCCUUACCCACCAGUUCCCUGAGCUGAUGGUCACUUUUGUGAAAGCUAUGAUUGUACUCAUGAUCCCAUUCCUGAUGUUUUCAGAGGGAUUCAGAAAACCUGUGCUGCGGGUGCUGUGGCCAGUGAGUGCUCCCAGCGUUCUGGCCUCCAGCUGAAUGGACUGCACCAGGGUGCUUUGGGACACUUCUUUCACCCUUCAGUUUCACUGUGGAGCACACAGAGGUCCUGCUGCUGUCCAGCCCCUGGCAUAAGCUGACUCCAGUGUGACUGGAGUGUGUUUUCCAUGACAGCUUGAUUUUAUUCUCAUGAGCCUCUCUUGGUGGUUCGCUGACCCCCAGUUGUGGGGGCCAAGGAAGAAAUCUGGGCUCUUCAAACUGAUAUCUUUGACAGGCUUCCACAUUGAUGGUGCUUAACAUACGAAUUUCUUCUUUGGCCUUAAUCUGUAAUCAUCUAAGAAAAUAGUUCUUGUUGAGCAAUAGUUUAUUGCUCUCUAAAUCACUUGGACAACUGGAAGCUCAUACUUCCUCUGUAAGAAAGGAGAAUACACAAACUGAGCAGGUGUUCGGGGUAUUGAUACUUCCUUCUCAGCUGCAGAUGCACCAGAUACUUGGCUUAGAUUUAAUUUUAUAAGCCUUUUUCAAAAUAUUUGUUAACAGCAAAGUAUGGUUCUGCUUUCUUUAUUAAAAGGUUGCUACUUAACACAUUGAA